CCCUUUCGUUCCAAAUCCAACGCCUGGUACGCUUCUCUCUCUCUCUCUCUCUCUCUCUCUCUCUGUGUUUUCGGCCUUCAUAGCAACUGCCAACUAAUGCAUCGAACUUCAGUUUAUUCCUUUAAUCAAAUCCUCAUCGUAUUAACCGGUUCUGCAUCUCUUACGAGAUCUCCGUCAAGACCAUUCCCGACCAUCAAUUUCGUUUUCCAAUCAACUUGCUCUUUCUCUUCCUCUUGUUCUUCUUCGUUUCUGCAAACAUUACCAGACUCAGAAUCCAAGUCAAUCUCGAAGCCGCUUUACCAGUUUCUACCCCAAACCCGGAAUCCCAACAACUUAGUGAAUCUCAUUUGCUUAAACCUUAAACAAGAAAAUACUCACCUAGCUCUUCUUCAAAAUGACAUUAAAGGGCUUCUUCCCCAUCUGGGUGCCCAUGAAAUUUCUCGAGUUUUGUUGAGGUGCCAAUCUGAUUUCUCUUCUGCUCUCAAUUUCUUCAAUUGGGUUAAAAGUGAUUUGGGUCUGAAACCCACUACCCAGAAUUACUGUAUUAUUGUUCAUAUAUUGGCCUGGUCUCGACAACUUUCUCAAGCCAUGAAAUUUUUGUCUGAAUUGAUAGAAAUUGCUAGGGAUGUGUCACCAAAUGAUGAUGUUUUUGAAAGUUUGAUUUUGUACAGUGAAGAUUGUAAUUGGGAUCCGCUUGUCUUUGAUAUGCUUAUCAAGGCUUAUGUGAAAGCCAACAUGAUUCAGGAAGGCUUUCGGACAUUUAGCAGGACUGUGGAGGUUGGUUUUGUCCCCAGCGUGAUUGCCUGUAAUAGGCUUUUGAAUGGGUUGGUGAAGCUGAAUUGGGUUGAUCAAUGUUGGGAAGUAUAUGAAGAAAUGGGGAGAAUUGGGAUACACCCGAAUGCUCAUACAUUUAAUAUAUUGACUCAUAGUUUGUGCAAGGAUCUAGAUGUGGAUAAGGUGAAUGGGUUCUUGGAGAAGAUGGAAGAAGAAGGGUUUAUUCCCGAUGUGGUGACAUAUAAUACGUUGAUUAACAGCUAUUGUAGAAAAGAAAGGCUUGAAGAUGCGUUUUAUUUGUAUACGAUUAUGUAUCGGAGGGGCGUGUUGCCAGAUUUGUUUUCUUAUACUGCCUUGAUGAAUGGUCUUUGUAAAGAAGGGAAGGUUAGGGAGGCUCAUCAGCUUUUUCAUCGGAUGGUUCAUAGAGGGAUAACUCCAGAUACUAUGUGCUAUAACACUCUUAUUUGUGGGUAUUGCAAGGAGGGAAAGAUGCAAGAAUCUAGGUCAUUAUUGUACGAGAUGAUAGGAAAUGGGGUUUGCCCAGAUAGUUUCACUUGUCAGAUUAUCAUGGAGGGAUAUGUAAAAGAAGGUAGAUUACUUUCAGCUUUGAAUUUGAUUGUGGAGCUUCAGAGAUUUGGAAUCCCAAUUUCUCAUGACAUUUAUGGUCAUCUAAUGGUCAGAUUGUGUCAGGAAAAUCGGCCAUUUGCAGCUAGAAGUCUUCUGGACAGAAUCUCUCCGUAUGGUUAUGUGCCUGAUAUUGUUGUCUACAAUGAUUUGAUUGAGUCGCUUUGCAAAUGCAAUCAUGUGGCAGAGGCAUUGGAUUUGAAAUCUGAGAUGGUAACUAAAAAUAUAAAGCCCAAUCUUAGUACAUACCUAGCUCUGAUAAGCUGCUUGAGUAAAAUAAGCAGAAGCAUGGAUGGUGAAUCUUUAGUGGAAGAGAUGGUUAGAUUUGGUGUGCCACCUGAUCCAGCAAUAUGCAAGGCCUUAGUUACUGGAUACUGCAAGGAAAGAGAUGUUUUAAAGGCAGAAUCAUUAUUGGGCUUCUUUGCCAAGGAAUUUCAAAUUUUUGAUACUGAAAGUUACAAUGCACUAGUCAAAGUCCUCUCUGAGAAUGCUGAUGUGGAUUCUUUAAUGCAAAUCCAGGAUAGGAUGCAAAAAGUGGGAUAUGCUCCGAAUAGCCUAACAUGCAAGUUUGUGAUCGAUGGAUUAUGGAAAGCUACAAUGCUGGUCAAACUCAAGCUCAACGUGGAAUGCGUGUAGGGACAGAAAUUUCAGGGCAGAGUGCCUUGUUUUUCCCAGAUAGAUGAGCUAGCUAGGGUUAUGCAUCAAGUGACAAGUAUCCACAGUCGGGAGCAAUUUAUAUCAAGUAUACUGCAUUCUGCAUCAGCUUAAAUUGCGCUUACAGUGGUGGUUCUGUGGUGGUCCUUGAGCUGCUUGGUUGGUGAUGUGGAUUAUAAACUUAAGGGCUUAAUGCUGACAUGGUAUAUAUAAGGGCAGGCUGCAGUAGGCAACCUGUCAUGGUUAUAUAUUUUGAGUGGAUCUUGCAUGUUCACUUUGUCAUGGUUACUCAUGGCAAUUCUGGGCGUGGUAGUUGGGCACUAAAUGGCAAAGAGAAUGGCAUCCACUUUUCCGUAGUAGGGUACAAGUACAGCGGCUGUCAUUAUCUACCACCGGAGAAGUAGCAUGGGACCGUUGGACAUGGUUUUUAUGGGUAAGUAGGAUCCUCAAUUUCACCACAUGCAAAUAGAAGCUUUGAUGAGUUUCGGGAUAAUUAUUUGUGAAAAUCUUGUCAAUGUCCUCAAAUUGAUCUAGACCUCAAGUAUCACAGUAGAAGUUUGAGUUCCAAUCCAUGGUGUAAGUAGAACCCUCGUGAAUAGUUUUGCAAAUGAAAAUGAAAGAACGAAAACUUAA